CGCCGGGGCCAGUCGCAGGACCGCCCAGGGUGCCAGGGUCCCGCCACACCAUCUGUUUCCAUCCACACCAUGCUCCUUCCGAGCUAGCGCCGCGCACCCAAGAUUAAGAAUAGGAUGGCGCAUUGCAGUUCCCAUGGUCUCACCACAAGGAUGUGUUGGCCUGUGCCGGUGAAGCCAGAGGGGGGUACGUACCCCCCGGCCGGCCCACAGGGGCGGCGACCCCUGCUCCCACCUCUGGGCAAUGAAGAGGCGCAUCCAAGACUGGGCCCGUCUGACAUGGGCCUUUCGGGGCCAAUCAAGCCACAGCAGACAGGGAAACCACGCAAUUCGAGGCAUCGGCCAAGGGGGGGCAAGGGAAGGCUCCUGGGGAACGGGGCGGCGGUGGACCUGGCCAGUCAGUGCCGUCGAGACAUAACAACGAUCUUCCAGCCUGCAUCACUGACGCCUCACUCCCAUCGCCGACCGCCCUUUUUCUCGACGCUCCUUCAAAACUACCCUUUUUCCCUCUUCCCUCUUGGUCCUUAUCGCAUCUGGUCUUCCUUCUCGCCAGUUGCUUGUGGGAACCCUUCCCCGUCAAGAAAUCAUCGCCCCCCUUACCGCCUUCACCACACACCGCCUCCGCUCAACUUGUGGACCCCCCGUCUCCUCGUUGACACCCAACCAUACCCGUCCCACCAAGCUGGUUUGACUCGUUCACUCGAGGUCACCUUUUGCGAACAAGGACUCGGACCGCCCCAUCUUGAGGAAGACUCUCAACCCUAGGAACUUCCAAGCCCAGCCCAGAGGAGCUAAGGAGAACUGAACCUGCUGGCCUCUUUUGGUUUCGAGGAUAUUGCCAUUCCGUCGGGUUCUUGCCAAGGAUCCGUUUCCUCUGCUUUCGUCUAUUUCCGUUUCCU